AUGCGGCCGAGGUGGGCGUCAAGCCCAAUAAUACUAUUAGCAUACUACGCCAAAUUCAUACUAUGCGCUCCUCGCGACUACUUUCCCAUCAACUCCCAACUGCCGCCAGUGGCUCGGAUAUCAGAGCCUUUUUCUUUCGUUUUUUCGCCGUCAACAUUCGUGUCUCCGUAUCCAAUAUCUUAUACCUUGGUCGACUCUCCAGAAUGGCUCUCAAUCGAUAGCAACAACAGACGGCUCUAUGGUACGCCAGAAGAUCGGGAUGUCGGGUCCGGCUCCAUUGUAGGCGUACCCAUCAGUAUAGCGGCAGAGGAUGAACAAGGUUCUACAAUCACCAAUUCGACUUUGGUCAUCUCCAGGAAUCCAGCUCCCAAUGUGGUUGUGCCGCUCUCGGAACAGCUCCCGUCGUUUGGGCUAUAUUCUGCGCCCUCAUCGAUUAUCUUAUCCCCAUCAGAGGAUUUCUCUUUCAAAUUCAAAAAAGAUACGUUCGACCAGUCAGGGCUGAGUUAUUAUGCCGUAUCAGGAGAUAACGCACCUCUUCCAGCUUGGAUCUCGUUCGACGCCAACAGCAUUUCGUUUACUGGCAGAACUCCUGCAAUCGAGGCAUUGGUUCAACCACCCACCACUUUCAAUGUCAAACUGGUCGCUUCCGACGUUGUUGGCUUCGCAUCCGCUUCAAUACCGUUCUCCAUCAUCGUUGGCAAUCACGAACUGACAGCCGAGGUCACCAACAUUGCCUCCAAUGCAAGUAUAGGAAGACCUUUUCACUAUGACGACCUUGCGAAUAACAUCAAAUUGGAUGGUGGAGCACUGAAUCGCUCCAAUGUGGCUUCAAUAUCAACAACUCCCUUGCCCGAGUGGCUGGAGUUCGACACUGAAACAUGGCAUUUGAGCGGAACCCCCCAAGUAGGAGCGAUUCCUGUCAAUGUGACCAUUUCAGUUGUUGACAUUUAUUCCGAUGCGCUCAAUAUCAGCCUGGUCAUCGAUAUUGCCAUGAACAUCUUUCGGUCAGACUUGCCAACCAUCAAUGUAUCAGCUGGCACCGAUCUGGCACUCGAUUUGAGACCAUUUAUUUCUAACAUCUCCGACACGGAGUUGCGACUAACAGAUCAGUCAAAGGCGCCGUGGAUCCGAUACAAUUCCUCCCUAAUGGAGCUCACUGGUGCCAUUCCGUAUUCGAAUACUGCAUUUGAGGUUCAAGUCGACCUUGAAGCGAGCUCGAAGAGCACUGAAGUGACAGAGUCACGCGAACUAUCCAUCAGGAUCGGGGCAUCCCCGUCUGAAACGACCAGACCAUCUUCGUCAUCAUCAAGUGCGGCGCAAACGCCAGCCUCUACUUCUUCUGUUCCAGCAGCACCCUCAAGCACUGCGAGCCCAACUUCUCGGACGACAAAAAUAGUUUUAGGCGUUCUCGUACCACUGAUCGUGAUCUGCGUUGUCGCCCUAGUUCUACUGCUCUGCUGCUACCGACGACGGAGACACGAUCGGUACCAGGACCACAUCCCAGAAGUAUCUGCUCCUAUACCUGGAAGUUUCGUCAAGCAUAAUACGAGUAGCCUCGAGGGUCCAAAUGGUCUACAAGGCUUAUUCGAUGCGGAAGUUGCCCGGAGGUCACACAGCGAUAGCUUCACCACUGCUCCAGUCAUACCGCCCCGGUUCCGCACAUCGUCUCACUCGAGUGUUCGAGGUAGCGAUGGCCGCCAAUCUAUGACUUUGUUCGCCUUUGACCGAAGAUCCCUAAGCGACUCGGCGGUGCGAGAAACUCGCGAGUCGUGGCUCAAGGGAUUCGCCGCGGGGCAUAUACCUCCCUCAACCGCAACUGCAAAAAUGGACGACUUCAGCGUGUUGUCAGAUACCACUCUGGGAUCGGCAGACAACCAUGUACAAGGCGAGACCCCGGCACUGGUCGUCAGUGGCGCGGGACCAGAAUCUUUCAGACGCUCGCUCGUGACCUCGCCCGUCGCCGGCUUGAGUUUGCCAAUCGUGCAUGAGCCGUCGAGUAUCCAGGCCACUCCAGAGUUCGCAUACAUUACAAGAGGAAGUGAGUCGGACGGCGAAAGCCGACCCAAGUCUGCGUAUCCGGAUUCGACGUAUUCUGGCGUCUUGGGCCUUGGAAUUCAACGCACCAUAACGUCCAUCCCGCGCAAGACCAGCACAAGAAUGUCUCACGCUUGGAAAAAGGCAAGCCCCUCCAGGCUCCUGGAAGAAUACAAGCGCAAGAGCAACCACAGCACCUCGACCGUCGAUACCACGCGGACCAGCAUCUUGACCGACGAAGUGGCCGAUAUUCAGAGACCCACCGUCGUCCAUGUGCCCAGCCGGGGGCAGAGCCGGCAGAUCAGUCGCCGCGUUGAUGAUUCGAGUGCCCUGUUCGGAGGCGGAGCAAUAGUGCGUUCACCAAAGAACUUUGGUGUCAUCACUGGACCAUCACCGAUGCCUUCUCGGGAGAAACUAUUCAUGCUUCCGCCGCCGCUUUCACAUGGCAGAAACUUUUCGUGGAACAAUGCUGCAAAGAGAUCCCAUGGGAUAGAGCACAGGGACUUUGGCAAGUCUCAACAUGAGCCGAUAAUGUCCAUGAAUGCGGCUCGAGCCUCGCAGGAUUCCGUCAUCUUCUCCCCCUUGAACGAGAACAAGGAGAACAAUGACUUGGUGCAACCGGACAUCAAGACAUAUGAAGACCUCAUGUCCCUAAACCAAUGGCCGAUGCCACUUUCCACCGCCAACUCGGACACGUCCACGAUAAGAGAGUACAAGGACCCGGCCAGAGAUGACAGCGACGUAUCCCGCGCCGCAGAGGAAAAGGCCCGUCUCUUGGAGCAGCAACAGGCCGCCGAGGACGUUCGACGACUGUUGUCCGAACCUGACCCGGCCUGGCCGCUGCCAAGACCGCUGCCCAAGACGCCCACCAGACAGGCGAGGACGCCGCUGGCCGACCGGCCAAACCAGUCGGCGACGAGCGGCGGCGGCCUCGGGACAAGGAGCAACUUUUCACGCAAGUCGAACAGAAGUGUCAAUACCAUCGCGAGUGACUACGCAGGGACGGAAGACGGAUGGGAGGACAUUCGGCCGGCGAGUGUAUUGGAUGGGAAUCUUUUCAGCAACUCAACAGGGAGCGCACCAGCAUUCAUUUAA